AUGCUUCGCGCGUCGGCCUGUGUUGCACUGCGCCGCUCCCCGGUCGCUCGUUCCUUGAGUACGGUCACGACUAUUCCCACCACGGCAUCGACAUCCACGACCCAAGACAAGGUACAUGCCGCGCCGUCGACGCUCUCGUUCACGCAGACCGAACGUAUAUUUGCCGCGAAAUCCACGACCGAAUUGAUUCGUGCGUACGCUGUCUUCCAAACCUGUCAGAUUCCGUUCCUUGUUCGCAACAGUCAAGCCAUGAUCAAUGCGUCAUACAAAGUUAUGGGCAAAUCCAUCACGGACUGGGCUCUCAAGAAGUCGUUUUUUGGCCACUUUUGCGCUGGUGAAAACGCAAGUGAUAUUCAACCUGCCCUUAAGCGCUUAGAAUCCGCGGGCAUCGGCGCUAUCCUCGACUAUGCUGCCGAAGCCGAUGUCGAAGCUGAGAAAAAGACCCAACUGGACGGUGUCAGUUCCAACGAAUUGCAGGCCCGUACCUACGACUAUGAAGAUGAAGCGAUGUGCGACGCCAACAUGAAAAUUGCGCUUCAAGCUAUUCACGACGCUCCGACUCAAGGUUUUACCGCUAUCAAGUGUACUGCGAUGGGCAAGCCUGAACUUCUCCAGCGCAUGUCGAGCAUUCUUGUGGAAACCCAACUGCUCUUCCAUUCGUUGGAUGGCCCAGUGAGCCGCGCCAAGAAGAGCUAUGUUGACCGCCUCGUGGACUUUCCGACGUUCAAAACUGGUAUCAAGAGCGCUGGUGCGACUUUCUCUGAAGAAGAAUUGGACGCUCUCUUCCGAGCCCUCGACGUGGAACAUGACGGCAUGAUCGACUACAUCGACUGGACCGAACGUAUAUUUGCCGCGAAAUCCACGACCGAAUUGAUUCGUGCGUACGCUGUCUUCCAAACCUGUCAGAUUCCGUUCCUUGUUCGCAACAGUCAAGCCAUGAUCAAUGCGUCGUACAAAGUUAUGGGCAAAUCCAUCACGGACUGGGCUCUCAAGAAGUCGUUUUUUGGCCACUUUUGCGCUGGUGAAAACGCAAGUGAUAUUCAACCUGCCCUUAAGCGCUUGGAAUCCGCGGGCAUCGGCGCUAUCCUCGACUAUGCUGCCGAAGCCGAUGUCGAAGCUGAGAAAAAGACCCAACUGGACGGUGUCAGUUCCAACGAUUUGCAGGCCCGUACCUACGACUAUGAAGAUGAAGCGAUGUGCGACGCCAACAUGAAAAUUGCACUUCAAGCUAUCCACGACGCUCCGACUCAUGGUUUUACCGCUAUCAAGUGUACUGCGAUGGGCAAGCCUGAACUUCUCCAGCGCAUGUCGAGCAUUCUUGUGGAAACCCAACUGCUCUUCCAUUCGUUGGAUGGCCCAGUGAGCCGCGCCAAGAAGAGCUAUGUUGACCGCCUCGUGGACUUUCCGACGUUCAAAACUGGUAUCAAGAGCGCUGGUGCGACUUUCUCUGAAGAAGAAUUGGACGCUCUCUUCCGAGCCCUCGACGUGGAACAUGACGGCAUGAUCGACUACAUCGACUGGGUGAGCUACCUCAAUCCGAUGGACUUGACGAUGGGUCCGUUGACGCGAUUCCUCAAAGUCGAUCCGCUGACCCCCGAAGAAAUCAAGCAAGUGAGUCAAAUGAUGUCGCGCCUUGAGACUUUGGCCGCCGCCGCAUCUGCCGCCAAGGUCAAGCUCAUGAUUGACGCCGAGCAAACGUACAUGCAACCCGCGAUCGAUCACGUCGUGUUGAACCUCCAACGCCGCUACAACACAGAAGGGCGAGAUACGAUCUACAACACGUUCCAGUGCUACUUGAAGGACUCGAGCGACCGCGUCCUCAUCGACCUGGAGCGUGCCGAGCGUGAAAAGUUUCAGUUUGCGUGCAAGCUCGUCCGCGGCGCGUACAUGAUCCAAGAGCGCAAGCGCGCUUUGGACAUGGACUAUGCGGACCCGAUCCAUGCCAACUUGGAGGCGACCCAUGCAAACUACAACUCGUUGGUCGAGCUCCUCUUGGUCCGCAACCACCGCACAAGCUUCAUGGUGGCGAGCCACAACGAAGAAAGCGUCAAGAAGACGGUCGCGAGUAUGGACGCGCUCAAGAUCCCGCGCCUCGGCGGCGGAGUCUACUUUGGUCAACUCCUCGGCAUGUGCGACCACAUCUCGUACACGCUUGGCGCGGAAAAGUACCAAGUGUUCAAGUAUGUCCCGUACGGCCCUGUGGACGAAGUUUUGCCGUACUUGAUCCGACGAGCCCAGGAGAACUCUGGCAUGAUGAAGGGCGGUGCGGCCAAAGAACUCGGGCUCCUCUCGACCGAACUCAAGCGACGACUGGGCUUUGCCUAA